CAACAUGACAUUGACUGAUGUAUAACUUCAUAGUACGUUAUUUACUUGUUGAAAAUAUUCUCAAUGUUUUCACACUUAUUAAAUUUUUAACGUUAUUCAUUUGAAUCGUUAUUAAUAAUAUUAGUCAAUCAUUUGCAUAAUCAUUUGAACAUAUAUUUGAAUGUUAACUACCGCUGAAACCGUCGGCUAUUAGAAAGAGAUCUAAAUUUAGAUAUUGCAUUAGCAACAAAUAAUAGUUUUGAAAUACGCGAUAGUUGAAAUUCGACGACUGGUCGACCACUAGUAUAUAUGAAUAUAGAUAAAUAAGUAUUUACUGGGCACAUAAUGGGUUCAGAACAGUCAUCGGUACCACCUAAAAGGCAAACCCAAAGAGUGCCACUAGUACGGAGAGGCUAUACUAUUGCUGUCUCCAAUGUACAAGAAACAUCAAGGCAUGAUCAGCAGACGAGUGGAAACAAUUCACCAGGAGCAAGUGUUUGCUCCGACUCGGAACUGCCUUACAUAUCAUAUACUGUUGAUCGACCUAUAGGGGAUUCCCCGAAGGCAGCUUCGAAGAGCCAGAGGAUCACAGACAAGAAGUCGUUGCUGCAACGCCGCCAGUUGAGCCUGCAGGCGCGUAAGGCGAGACGCACACGGGACAUCGUCGUGGUCAAGCCAGCCACUGACGAACAGCUGGACGAGGAUAUAAGGAGAUUACAGGAAAUACCAACGUUUUUGCCGAUAAUGAGAGGUACCUUAGGAUUGCCCGGAGCUAGAGACACUGAAAUAUUAGAAGGUCUAGAUUAUAAGCCUUGGGUCCGAUUGACAACAAGGUUGCAGGCGCAUUUAGCGGCCUGUGCUCAUCCACUAGCAGCCGAAGAAGUCAGCCUGGCGUCCAAGAUCAAAGAAUCAGAUGCGGAAAUAGCUCGCUUGUACAGUCAGCUAGUCGACAGACAGAGGACCAACGCGAGGCACGCCGAGAGGCUCUCCCGUGUCCACGAGGUGGCUCAUCAGCUCUCCCGCUGCAAUUCCUUAUUGAAUCAGGUAAAGAAGAACAGACGUGAAUGUACAGGCAACCCGCCUAUAACACGGUAUUUUACAACACGGUUCCGCUCUAACACGAACAGAGAAAUUCCCCAAAGCCCGCUUAUAACUCGGUAUUACUACAACACGACAACGAGACUUUUGUUUGAAAUUAUUUAGAAAAUUACCAAGGCAUUAUGAGCACACAAUAUAAUAUUAUGCGAAUAACCGAAAAUUUACUGCUUAUUUUUUUAUGUAUAAUAGUUAAGAAAAUACAUACAGGCACAGUUGAGAUGUCUUAUUCAAAAAAAUUACUCUCCUUUUUGUAGUGGCUUCUAGUCUCAUAUAACGCGGUUUUGCACAACACGCGUCUUUGUAAGAACGUAUCUACCGUGUUAUAGGAGAGCCAGCUGUACUAAACUAAAAUAAUGUUUGUUGUGUAAAAAGUUUUUUGAAUUCACUCUUGUAAGUUCAUAUUGGAUCAGCUAUUUGAAGCUGUUCAUGGAAUUGGUCGCAACAAUUAAGAUUUAGACCUCAUGCCUCAAGCAGCAGUGGCGGUGUGAAUGUCGAGCUGUCUACGGGCCACAGCGCUUUCUUGUAAUCGACAGUGUCCAGUCGAAAAUAUUAUAAAAAAUAAUACCUUUCUUUUUUUGCAGACCAUACAAGACAUUGAAGAGUUAAAUUUAAUUUUACCCGAAGAUAAAAGGUUAGCUCCCUUUGUUUGGAACGAAGAGCAUUGAAACAUAAAAUAUCUUUCUUUUUACUGUUUGUUGUCUAGAAGAAAUGGCUAUUAACCGAUACUCAGACAAAAAACUAUAAUGAGAUUAAAUGGUUCUAGAGAUACAUAGGAACUCUCGUAUUGUGUCAAUGCUAUUUUAGUAUUAUAAAAUAUAAACGAAACUAGUCAUUGUUAUUGAAAUUAAAUCGCCUGUCAUAACGCGAAAUUAGCUUAUGAGUGCUCACGGAUGCUCAUGAAUGCUCAAUCGCUCACCGGACGCUCAUAUAUACAGCGUUACCGGAAUCGAUACAGUCGACUCGUGUGCUUAUUAAAUUCGAGUGUUCACGGGUGCUCACGUUAAAUGUAGUUCGAUGCGUCGAAGGUUGAGGGUUUCCGAGUGGGAUGCUUCCCUCUCGGUCUGUAAUGAUGCCACUGCGCAAAGCUUGAAGGUGCUUUAGGGGUCCUCGGAUGAUGACCAUAUCUCUCCUCAAAUGAGGGUGUUCCCGUGGCGGUCAAGUCCUGACUAAUGGCGCUCCGGCUGUAACAACGUGUAUUCCUAAGACUGUAACAUUAAAAAUAAAAUUGUACCCUCUGAA